AUGCCUGGACGAAACAAUGACGAGCUGCCGCUGAAGAUAGAGGAAUUACGUCCCCCGACGUGGCUCCUAGAAGCCCACACUUCUGCGGAUCUAGGGUAUAUUGGGUAUUACCCCCCUCGACCAGAUCAAGAGGAAGACAUCCUCACCGAGGUCGCUGUCAAGAAUGGGCUCGCUCUGCCUGCGUCCGUAGCGGCGGAAACGUGGAGUGCACAAGCCAUAGUCAAGGACAAUCUUGCUUACGAAAAUGCAGUGUCUGACCUUGAAGAGCUCAUGAAUCAAAUAUUUGCUAGGCGGGCAGAAGCCAUCCCAGCGAUUUCGCCUUCAUCCUUCAAAAUACCGUCGCGAGUUACUCUCAAUGAUGCGCGACGGACUCAGUGGUUCCGUGAACUCGCUGAUUCUAAAGUACCACUCCAGAAAUUAGGAAAGAGUGUUCCCCAUGGAGCCAAGGGCCACGACUUGCUGGAUCUUCUCUACACUCACGAGGUCGAAACUUCGCGAGCACUGUGGUUUCUGCGGGUGUUCGGGGCCAACGAGACGGCUGGACAACGGACCAAACCUGGUUAUGACCCAACUGGAUAUAGUGUCGAAUGGGCGCACCUUGUUACAGGAUAUAUGAAGAAACAGCUUGGAGAGAUCAACCUCCCCAGUGCACCUCGUCCUGGCCUCAACAUUAAGCAAAUCUUCAAGGGUGUCCUGUCGGACCCUGAAAGUCGGGAGCGCUGGAUCUCGCGCUUUGUGUAUAUCUUGAAUCUGAUGCGAAGCUUCUACUCCGAAGGUCUUGUUGACAAUCGGACUUUCCUUUCGUGGUUGGUGCUACAGCUUGGCACAUGUAAUUUGGCGCAGGCAGGCUUCAUGGCUCGGUUGGCAGACGAGUAUCUGGACGGUAUCCUGAUCUGUCGGGCGUUAGCACGACCUUUCAUCGACGCCUGUUUGACCAAGCUCAAUGAAAUCUAUGCGUCGCCGACAAGGGAAUACUUACCCAAGCUCGAGCUCAUGCUGAAGACUUUUGUUCAGCGAGCAUGUCUGGUACUUCCCGACGCCUUCAUUAGUCCCCGGAUGUGGAUCACCCAUAAACUCCUUCUGGACGAAAUCUUCUCCUCUCAAGACGCCCAAGACCAAGAAAUUCCAGAUCCAUCCACGAGUUAUUUGAGAAAUACACUAUCUGGCCAUUUUGAUGACUUCAAGACGCGAAACGAAGCCAUGCUUUUCCGGGACCUUCCUAAACGCGUACUCGCUCGUCUCUCAGAGGCUGUCACUGACGUUCUGCUCCUCAACUCCAUCAGUAUCUCCACCGACCUCGACACGUUUUCCUUCUUCGGCCCACAAUUAUCCGAUGCUGUCUUUGCAUCCAAGGUCGAUCGGCUUCUCACAUGGUCCGUGACUCCUCUCCAAUACGGCGAUCAUCGUCCAUACGCAGCCGUUACCCUUCUUCGGCGAUGGCUUGAUCGUGCCGGCGAACGUGCCACGCGUCGUGAUUUCAUCAGUCCACACGAAACUCUGCAGGAUCUGUUGUUCCACUGGUUAGAUGCAUCUGAGGUGGCGGGGGAAGAGACGAAUUUGAUGGCCGUGGCGGUUCUGUUUGGGGAGUUGGUGAAGUGCGAGUUGUUUGAGUAUGCGAUUUAUGUGCAGAGGUUGAUUGCAAGGUGCGAGCAGGGCCUGUCGUAUGCUGCGGAAUGUGGAUCACGGCAUCGGAACUUCUUGCGAUGGAUACCUCUGCAUAAGUCAACCUCCUCCAUCGUCACUCAGCGGAAGAUUACGCUUCAUGGCGUACGGGCACGCGAGACGCCUGAAGAGCAGACGGAGAAAGAGAUACGGGGGGAAAUACGUCUGCUCCUCCCGGACUUGUUCUCCGAGAAUACGGACCUGCAAACGCUGAUGGGACUCCCGGUCCCGCACUUGACAAGUUUCGCGACAUUGCUCUCUGCACCGCGGUAUGAGCAGGUCAGAGUAGUCAGGCAAUGGCUGCUUCCGAUAUUGUUGAGGACAUUGCCUUCGCGUCUUGCCGAUCCCUUGACAGAAAUCCAGGCUAUCCGUUCUUACUGUAUCACAGUAGAGCUCAUGGCCCAGGUCAAAUGUUAUGGAUCCAUCAUGGACCUAGGCAUCACACUCCUCGAAUCAACCACCUCACAAGGUCUCCUGACUGUACUGAUUGAGACGUUCCGUAGAUAUCUCGCGAUAUGGGCUAGCAUGAACGUCCUGAAGAGGAUCGGGGAGGCUCUCGCUGUGACACACAACUUGUUCAAGAGUCGUGGGAUCGUCUCGAGACGCUUGUUGAUGCUCAUGAUGGAUAUCGAUCAUAAUAGGAUUCUGGACCCGACGGUUCGCAAGUCCGUGGAGGCAGAGUUUGCCACAUUCGCGCAGGCCCUACAUCCUCCGGAUGAGCACCCACGAGUCGUACCCACCCACCUCCAAGAGAUUCUGCUGCUUCCGAAUGACACGCGACCAGAUGCUGCCGCCACACUAGCAAACAGUUUAUGGUUUACUUACCGUACUGCCUCUGACUGGGGUUGGAGAGUCUGGGACAACACAUUUGCCAGCUUACGGCUCAAACCGACAGUACCGUUCGAUACAGCUACGGCCCGCGCGCGAUCGUUCUGUUAUGCUAAUUUCCUCCUCUACGUCGACCAGCACCUUCCAAACGGCCUUGACGAACACGUCUUCAACUGGUUUAACGGACCUGGGAUCUCGGAGCUUAUAGCCGUCGACGCGGAGGCCUGGGACUGCAUCACCGUAACGCUACUCUACCUCGCAGUGAACGGCGCCAUGUCGACCGCUACCAUACUGAAGGGUUUAGUAUAUCCUCUGUGGCAGCUGGCGCUCAAACCACCCGUACCGGGAACGUUGCAAGCCAAAUCCCAACCCUCAGAAGUCUACCUCCGUGCCGCGCAUGACAUCUUCGCCCGCCUUCUCCUACACACGGACGGUACAUCCGAUGGCAUCCCACCCACCGAUUUCAUCGAAUGCCAACGCAUCCGCACCCGAAGAGCCGACGUCUUCCAGGAGCCACAUCUCUCGUUACUCGUUUCGAACAUACCAGUUCUCGUUUUCUUGGAAAAGAGCGAGCAUAUUCCCGAGGAUCUGCGGAUGACGUCUGGAGAUAUUAGGAGUCAAGUCUGUGCAGUGACGGAGUUCAGGCAGGGGAUCUAUAGGAAUUUGGAUAUGGCGAGAGACGCGUUCGAGACUUUAGUACAGUAUGACACUUUGGAAGAGAGUUUGUUGGAGCCGCUCAUGGAUGCCUUGAGGUUAAUCUUGAAUGUGGCGCGCACUAAUACCGCCGCCAUAGGCUCCUCGGAGUGGCUAGACACGUCAUCUCUGCUCAGUCCUUGGAAGCUUGCUGCAACUGCCAUCGAGGUUCAAUUCACGCUAAAACAGAUGGGCGAACGGCUCGCGCUUGGAACACCACAUACGCAUGGAAAGACGAAGGUCGAUCGACUUAUCGCACAGUUUCUGCACCAUCAUAUGUCGACAGAGGAGGCAGACUUCGUUGCAGAUAUGGCUAGGGGUGUCGGGCCUACGAUCGUUAGCAAGUUUGUCAAUAUGGGCCUAUGGUGCAUUGCCGAGACUCUGAAGAAUGCCAGUGCCCCCCUCAGCACAGAGACCGUACAAGAGGUUAUCGAUGUUGCAAGCGAGCAAUUACGCUUGCUCGCUCAUGUUGUAGAGCCUGUCCGCGAUGAUCCUCUCAAGAUCCCUUCCAUGGACUUCCAAACUCAGGACGAAUUCUUUGCGGCGCUGACAAAUAAGAUGGAAGCCCUGGACGCCCUCGUCUCCAGCUCCGUCAAGGGGACGUGCGACAUGGCACCUCAGCUGAUUACGCAUGGGGCCGUUUUGAUGGCGAGGUUGUUGCAGUUCAACUUGGGGUUCAAGGGUGUGUGGACGCCGAAGACGAGGGAUAUGAGCAGUCGGAUGUGUGUCUCGGUAUUUCGUCUUGCUUUGGCCCACGGAGCGGGAGACUUCUUAGACCAAGUCGCUUUUCCACUGUUCUUGGAUACCUUCUGCUACCUCCUAGACGAGAUCGCCAACGACACAAAAUCUAACAACUCUGACCUCUUCCGUAACUAUCCCAAGAUCGCCAUCAUGGACCUCCCACCCGACAUGCCUGCUGAAUAUCGCCAACAACUUCGUGCUCUUCUGCCCUUCCUCCCUCCGAACGAAGUCGUAGCCGAUAUCGCCUUCGCUACUCGUGAUGCCGCCGGUAACAUCAUCACGGGCAGUGCUGUUCAAAACCGACCCUGGGAAUGGACCGAAUAUCUCGGCGGCCAGCCCGCAGACGAGAACGAAGACCAUCAUCGUAGCGACGCCAUUAGGAACUCAGCAUCCCUUUCGCUGGACCUAUUCAACGCCAGGCCUACAGGAGAACCCAUCGUACCCUAUGUACCAACAACAGGAGAUUCGAAGGUCGAGGCGAGCAUCCGAUCAUUCCAGGAUGACAUGUACAGCGACAGUCUCUUCGCACGAGACUGGCGCGAAACGCGGAUGAGCAACCUACAUGACAGCACCGGGUCGGGAGGGAACCGUAGUGGAAGAGGAGAAGGAGACGACGAGCUUGGUCCUCUACCGACUUUCCACGGUUCUUCGCGGCGCGGUUCGCCUUCAGCUUCCUCUGGUCGUUCUCGGUCGGCUCAUCCGUCCGGGACUUCAUCGCGCCUGCAGAGCCCGUCGUUCCAAACUUUGGCAGCGCUCAAUGGAGGCAGCACGUCUACUACUGCGAGCGAUACUGAGUCACAUGCGCAGUCGCAUGGAGGAGGAACGGCGUCGAGUGCGACUAUCGGGAGUGGCAAGGGGAAGAGAGCAGGGAAGAGAAAGGCUGAAGCAGCUGCAGAUUCAGAUAUUGAGUUCGUGGAUGAUGCGGGGCCGGUUGCACCGCCGCCUAAGAAGGGAAAGGGAAAAGCUCCUCCGAAGACGAAGGCGAAGAAACGGUAGAUAGAUCUCAUGGACGAUGUCUAGCUCGACAAGUGAUGGUACAGGAUAGAUUGUUUUCAGUUCAUGUCUCGUCUUCUAAGUUAUUGUUUUACAUUCUUCUUCCCUUUGUUAUGCUACCACAUGCUGUAUGAAUUCAUGAUCAUCAC